CCGGUGCCCUACCGCCUGGAGCUGGAUCAAAAGAUUUCAUCAGCUGCUUGUGGCUAUGGGUUCACAUUGCUGUCCUCUAAAACCAAGGAUGUUACGAAAGUUUGGGGUAUGGGACUCAACAAAGAUUCUCAGCUUGGAUUUCAGAGGAGCAGGAAAGAUAAAACAAGGGGAUACGAGUAUGUUUUAGAGCCCUCACCGAUUCCACUGCCUCUGGACAGACCUCAGGAGACACGGGUGCUACAGGUCUCCUGCGGGAGAGCCCAUUCUCUUGUCCUCACAGACGGUGAAGGAGUCUUCAGCAUGGGAAACAAUUCUUACGGGCAGUGUGGAAGAAAAGUGGUCGAAAAUGAAAUUUAUAGUGAAAGUCACAAAGUCCAUAGAAUGCAGGACUUCGAUGGACAGGUGGUCCAGGUCGCCUGUGGUCAGGACCAUAGUCUGUUCCUAACGGAUAAAGGAGAAGUCUAUUCUUGUGGAUGGGGCGCGGACGGGCAAACAGGUCUGGGUCACUACAAUAUCACCAGCGUACCUACCAAGCUGGGUGGAGACCUUGUAGGAGUGAAUGUUGUCCAGGUUGCCACCUACGGUGAUUGUUGCCUGGCUGUGUCUGCCGAUGGAGGCCUCUUUGGUUGGGGCAACUCUGAGUACCUGCAGCUGGCUUCUGUCACUGACUCCACACAGGUGAACGUUCCCCGGUGCUUACCCUUCUCAGGAGUGGGCAAGGUGAAGCAGGCUGCCUGUGGUGGUACAGGCUGUGCUGUGUUAAAUGGAGAAGGACAUGUUUUUGUCUGGGGCUAUGGAAUUCUUGGGAAAGGACCAAACCUAGUGGAAACUGCUCUUCCAGAAAUGAUUCCACCCACUCUCUUUGGCUUGACGGAGUUCAACCCAGAAGUCCAGGUUUCCUGCAUUCGAUGUGGACUCAGCCACUUUGCUGCCCUUACCAACAAAGGAGAGUUGUUUGUUUGGGGCAAGAACACCCGAGGAUGCCUGGGAAUCGGCCGCCUAGAAGACCAGUAUUUCCCUUGGAGGGUGACGAUGCCUGGGGAGCCCGUGAAUAUGGCGUGUGGUGUGGAUCACAUGGUGACCCUGGCCAAGUCAUUCAUCUGAAUCUCCUGCAUGACCCGUGUGAGCCUACCCUGGCCUCAGAACCACUUAGCAGAGGCAGCCUUUGGGGUUCUGAUGGGGCUCAGAGAGGACCAGAGCCCUUCAUGAAGUGUGACACUCUUUCCUGAAGCCCUUAGGAGGUACAUACUGAAGUGGUCCCUGCUCCUGGUGAGACCUGCCGAAUUCACGUAACGGCUGCCUUUAUCGGGCUGGUCUGCAGGAAAACGAGUCUCAGGGCUGUGUGGCCCCAGCAGGGCGAGGAUACUUAGAAUGUCUCAGCUCUUUCCAGGGUACAUGUGACGACUUCUGGUGUCACAUGUGGCCCAAGAAAUGAAUCUCAGGAAAUCUUUGCUCUCUCAGCCUGCGUUUUGUUUGAUCUUAAAAGGAGGCCUGACAGCGUUUAGUGCUUGGAGGGCUUCUGCAGCCCCCUGGAGCACAGCAGUGCUUUUGGUGGGCUUGUGGGCAGGCAUGCAUGGGCACUGGACAAGCCCAGCCUGACUGAGGGAGCUGGGCUGGCUCCAGCCUGGGGUUUUCAUUCAGGUCCCCUCCCACCCAGCCAUUUCCGGUCAGCUGCCCACAGCUGGCUUGCUGCUGGGACACAUGCUGAAAUCUUUGCUUGGAUUGGGGUUCUCCCUGAAAAUACCAGUGGGCGCCAGCUCGGUGCCCCAUGGGCUCACGGCUGUCACCAACCUUGUAACCAUUCUCACUGCCUGGCUUGGAAAAGUGGAGAAGCCCCCACAGGAAGAAGGCAGCCAGAUUCUUGUGGGCUGAGGGCUCCGAACACAUCCCACAAAAGCUUGGCUGGAGUGCCAGCUUUGGAGAAGAAAGGUUCAGAGAUUGUGAAAAACAUUGGAGUUAGUAAUAUAACUUGUCUUAUUCUUUAAAAAAUAUUUUAAUAUUUAAAAACCUCUUUUGGAAUAAUGUCUGUUUUCUGCCUUUUUAUUUUUAAGAACUGAAGAGGUCUUUUUAUUUUUCCUGGUCAUUUAUAGAGAUUAGCUUUCAAAAACAAGGCUUUUGAUAGAGAGGCUACUAGAAAUCAGUGAAAAAUAUGGUAGAAGACAGUUCUCCUUGAAAACUUUUCUGAACAGUCUACUCCCACAGUUCAAUUGGGAGAAAAUAACAAAGUAUAAAAAUAACUAGUAAUCAUGACACAAACUGGGCUCUCACUCACUGCCUGCCUCAUUCAUUCAGCAGUACUUCCUGUGUGCCCCGUGUGUGCCAAGGACUGUUUAUCACACUGGACCACGUGGUAACAAACUUCUGUACGCAGGUCUCACGAAACACACUUUAGGAGACGAAGUGGACAAUAAACAAGCAAAAUGCAAA